UGGGAAGCGGAGAGACAGCUGGUCCCAGCUUCGGGAUGAGGAGCUGGAGAAGUUGACGAGUCCCCCACCGCUACCCCUGCUGCGCCUCUCCCGCGCUGCCCUCUGCAAGGAGGUGACCGCGCGCGGCCCUGCUCCAGGGGCUGCAGCGAGAGGUCUGUCGCGCGCGCGUUGUUUGCCAAAGGAGCCGCCUCAGGGAGAAGACCCUGAGGGGAGUUGUCUCCCCGGGGGAAUACCUGCAGCCCGGGCGGGGGGUUUGGGCGGCCUGGAUGCCCAGGACGCAGCCCCGCGGCCGCUGACGCCCGGCGGCGGCGAAGUUUGGCUGCUGAGCGGCGCGGCGCGAGGCCACUGGACAGCGGGCGACCCGGCGGCCGGGGCGGCGGGCGCGAUGCCCGUGGGGGGCCUGUUGCCGCUCUUCAGUAGUCCGGCGGGCGGCGGCCUGGGCGGGGGGCUCGGCGGCGGCGGCGGCAGCAGCAGCGGCAGGAAGGGGUCGGGCCCCGCCGCCUUCCGCCUGACGGAGAAGUUCGUGCUGCUGUUGGUGUUCAGCGCCUUCAUCACGCUCUGCUUCGGGGCGAUCUUCUUCCUGCCCGACUCUUCCAAGCUGCUCAGCGGGGUCCUGUUCCACUCCAGCCCCGCCCUGCAGCCGGCCGCGGACCACAAGCCCGGACCCGGGGCGCGCGCCGAGGACGCGGCGGAGGGGCGCGCCCGGCGCGGCGAGGAGGGCGCUCCGGGGGAUCCCGCGGCCUCCCUAGAGGACAACUUGGCCAGGAUCCGCGAAAACCACGAGCGGGCUCUGAGGGAAGCCAAGGAGACCCUGCAGAAGCUGCCCGAGGAGAUCCAGAGAGACAUCCUGAUGGAGAAGGAGAAGGUGGCCCAGGACCAGCUGAGUAACAGGGCGGGGUUCAGAAGGCUGCCCCCAGUGUACUUAGCACCCGUAAAUACAAUCGGGGCGAUUGACCGGGAACCCGCCGACGCCGCCAUCCGCGAGAAAAGGGAAAAGAUCAAAGAGAUGAUGAAACAUGCUUGGAAAAAUUAUAAACGUUAUGCGUGGGGUAAAAAUGAACUGAAGCCUGUAUCCAAAGGAGGCCAUUCAAGCAGUUUGUUUGGUAAUAUCCAAGGAGCAACAAUAGUAGAUGCCCUGGAUACACUUUUUAUUAUGAAUAUGAAAGAUGAAUUUGAAGAGGCUCAAGCAUGGGUUGAAGAAAAUCUAAAUUUUAAUGUGAAUGCUGAAGUUUCUGUUUUUGAAGUAAAUAUACGCUUUGUUGGUGGACUAAUCUCAGCCUACUAUCUGUCUGGAGCAGAGAUAUUUCGAAAGAAAGCAGUGGAACUUGGGGUAAAAUUGCUACCUGCAUUUCAAACACCCUCUGGAAUACCUUGGGCAUUGCUGAAUAUAAAAAGUAUGGGCCAGAGGACAAGGGACAGCAGGUUUGGAGCUUAUUUUCUACGUUUUUGGAGCCUGUCACUAGUGAAGUUUCAAACGAGUGGGAUUGGAAGGAACUGGCCCUGGGCCUCAGGAGGAAGCAGUAUUUUGGCAGAAUUUGGAACUCUGCACUUGGAGUUUAUGCACUUGAGCUACUUAUCAGGAAACCCCAUCUUUGCUGAUAAGGUAAUGAAUAUUCGAACAGUACUGAACAACCUGGAAAAACCAGAAGGCCUUUACCCUAACUAUCUGAAUCCCAAUAGUGGACAGUGGGCUCAAUAUCAUGUAUCAGUUGGAGGACUUGGAGACAGUUUUUAUGAAUACUUGCUAAAGGCAUGGUUAAUGUCUGACAAGACAGAUCUCCAGGCUAAGAAAAUGUAUUUUGAUGCUAUUAAGGCUAUUGAGACUCACUUGAUCCGGAAGUCCCGUAACGGGCUGACUUACAUCGCAGAGUGGAAAGGGGGCCUCCUGGAACACAAGAUGGGCCACCUGACCUGCUUUGCUGGAGGCAUGUUUGCUCUCGGGGCAGACGACGCUCCUGAAGGAAUGACCCAACACUACCUUCAACUUGGGGCUGAAAUUGCCCGGACCUGUCACGAAUCUUACAAUCGCACCUUUGUGAAACUGGGACCAGAAGCUUUCAGAUUCGAUGGUGGUGUUGAAGCCAUUGCUACGAGGCAAAAUGAGAAAUACUACAUCUUACGGCCAGAAGUUGUUGAGACUUACAUGUACAUGUGGCGACUGACUCAUGAUCCAAAGUACAGGAAAUGGGCCUGGGAAGCUGUGGAGGCCCUGGAGAAACACUGCAGGGUGAAAGGAGGCUACUCCGGCCUCAGGGACGUUUACUUCACCAAGGAGAGCUACGAUGAUGUGCAGCAGAGCUUCUUCCUGGCAGAGACACUGAAAUAUUUGUACUUAAUAUUUUCUGAUGACGAUCUACUUCCUCUGGAACAUUGGAUCUUCAACACUGAGGCACAUCUUCUCCCUGUACUCUCUAGGAAUUUAAAGAAAGUUGAAGAAGAUGGGAAAUAAAAAGACAUUUUAUAUUUUACUCUCCUCCACUCCUUUCACUGCAUACCUUAAUAAUUCUUUUUCUGGUGAUCAGGCACAUGAUGAAUUUUUAUUAAUAGAUCUGUGAUUAUUCUAAGUUUUAAUAUUGUUUUGCAGUCUUCUAUGUUUAUUAUCAUACAUAUAGAUGGACCUAAAUUCCUUACUGUAUCCUUUAUUAUUCAGCCAGUGAAUCACAGGGUUUUUUUGUUGUUGUUUUUAAGUAAUCUGUUAUCUCUAGAGUUUAUGAAGAUGUAGUAUUAUUUUUAGUAAACUGAAUAGAACAGUAUACCUAUGAUCUCUUAAUUACAAUUUUGAUUUGACUGCAAAACUUUUUCCUCCUCUAUGAGGAGAUGAUGUCUGCUUUAAGCUGUAAUGUUUUGCCAUGUUGCAAAAAGCCAUAAUAAUGAAUUAAAUAAUAAAAAAGCUUUUUUCCUUUUCAAUUUCAUGUUAAUCGGGUUUGUCUAUCCACCAGAGACAGAUCUUAUAACUGUGACAGUGUCCUUAUGCGGGUCUAUCAUUAUUUGAUAGAAUAUCUUCUAGAAUACUUUACUCACGUUGUAAUUCAAAUUAGAAUAUCAUCCCCAAAGGAUCAUCUCCUGUCGACCUCAUUUCAUCAGAUCCACGGUAUAUUUUUGUCAGUUAAUUAUAUUAGUGUUUCCUAAUUUGGGAAAUAGUUUUCAGAUUUUAUUUUAAAUGCCCUGUGUCAUCUCUGGAUCAUGUACUGGUUAAUUUCUUCCAUUCUCCACUACACAACAAAGUGAGCUUUUCAGUUUUGCAGAGCUCUGCUAUUACCGAAUUUUAUUUUUUAAAGGGAAACUGUAUAACUUUUAGUGAGUUAGCUUUUGCUUUUAUCUGAAUAUGUAAAGAAAUCGGGGCUCACUCUCUGGAAAGAGGGUAUUUCAUACGGUUUUUUGUUUGCAUUUCAUCUGUAAUGUAUUUUUCUUGAAAAAAAGAAACUAUUACAUUUGUUUAGGUUUUUCAGGUUUGAAAAGGGUCUUUUCUCAGACUUAGUAAAUUAUUCAUUUCAGUUUAUGAAAGCAGGAUUUAACUCAGAGAAUCUUUGGCAAUGUGUCUAUUCAUGGUCAAUUGAGGAAAAAUCUAUUAAACUUUAGGCCAAAUUAGGAUAUAGUAUAUUUUGUCUGGUUAAGUUCAACGAAGCAAUCUCCGCUUAGAAGUAAUGCAUAGGAAUGGACACUCCCAAUCCUCUACAGUCCUGUAGCAGAUCAAAAUAAUUAUAAUUAAAUGAUUCUUCAAAACAUUUUUUGAGAUAUGAGUCGUUUUCCCAGAAAUAGAUUUGGUUAUCAUAUUGGUUCAUAUUUUAUAUAUAUUCCUGUGAAAGGGCUAAUAUGAUGAUGCGUGUACUGAGGUACAGAGAUUUUUGACCAUCUGUACUUUUCAACUACAGCGGUCACAAAGAUCAGUGCAACCCCAUAGAUUAGGUUGAAGCAUAUGAAAUUAAGGCAUUUGUAGUUUAAAAAUUGCUCAGUAUCAGCAAUUUCAUAUGCUUCAGCCUAAUAGUUUUUAAGACAGUUAUUUUCUUAGAUCUCAAUAGACUGAGUUGUUUUAGCUAUUUCAGCUUUUGAAAGCUUUUCAAAAGAUUUCCAUUGUCUGAAAGGCAUAUGACCUGCCCUUUUUUUCAGUUAUUCAUUGGUAUAUGUCAAAAAAUAAAUCAGUAAAGUUAGUAAGUGGAAAAGAUCCUUUAGGACGUCAUGAUUGCUAUUUCCAAAACUUAAAGGCAAACAUAGAAGAUUCUCAUCAAAAUUGGGCCAUAUGUAUUUAGAUUAUAACUUUCAUAUGAAUGUCUUUGAACUAGCAAUUUAAAAUAAUUUAUUUUCUUUGCUUUUCAAUCUGAUUUGAAAGAGCACAAGCUGAUAGGUAUUUCUGCAGCAGAUAGGAUAUUAAAGUCAGGUUGUAUGAACACAUAGGACUGUACUAUGAUGAACCUUUUCCUUUCUGAUAUAAAUAGGUAAGAAGAUUGUACUACAUGUUGCCCAGCCAAUAGCAAGAACAAAGUUAUUUCAAUUCUAGAACUUGGAUAUUUUUAGCCUAGGACCCAAAAUACCAAUCACGUAAGCAAAAUAAGAGAUUACUAUUAUGGUGAUAUAAUUUAAUUAAAGUUAUAUUUUGUGUUAAUUAUUUUAAACAACUGAAGUCCUUAGGUGGAGGCUGUCUUUCGUCCAUUUUCAGCAAAAACUGUGCAAUUAUGUUUACAUAUGUUUUCACAUCCCUAAAGGUGAAUAAUUAAAAUAGCACUUAAUUUUGUUUCUGCACAUGCUUGGUAUACAUUGUGUGACACACAUGUAAGUUAUAUGGCAGUUUACAGAACUUCAGUGAUGUUUCUCAUGACACCUUCAUGUGUACCAGUAGUUCUUCCCAUUGUGUUUUAUUUGUACUUAAAUCCACUGUGUCAUUUUCAACUUUAUAUAAAUCUCUAAUGUUAUGGGAAACAUAAUAGAUUGACACAUAAUUUUUAAAAACUAUAUUUGUAAAAUUUCUCUAUUGUAAAUAAAGUCUUUUGAUAUAUCUCCUCA